AUGCCAUCAGAGCGGCUACAAAAGCGGUCCCUUGCCAACACCCAAUACACGCGAACAUUGGAGAAUCGUAUCUUUGAGCUAGAGGCAAAUGCGCAUGAACAAGUCUUGAAUUCACUCCCUCAUAGAUCUGAAUCAAUCCAAAGCUCUACAACAGCUCCAGGAAGACAAGAUGAGACCAGCUCUCCUAUAGUACGGUCUACUCAGCCUUCCGAGUCACGAUUUGUUCCUCCAGCGGAAAUGGAUAUUCAAACCCCGAUGACUAUCCAAGCAUCAUCGCCCAUCUUCCCGAACACACCUGGCAUCGCCAAUCAAGGCUCUAGGACCAUUUUCAGAUCGAUUUUUGAUGGAUUACAGCCAAUUGAGCAGGACGCGAAUUCCAAAGAUCUACGAUUCUCAGAUCAAAAGGAACAAGCUUUGAUCCAGACCUACCUUGAGCGAGUCAACCCUCGUUAUCCAUUCAUCCUUGAAGAACAAUUUCUAGAAUGGUAUUCAUCCUGGAAGAAUUUACGGAAUAAUGGCGGUGAUAUACCUGCUGGCGAGCAAUGGAAGUCAUUUUUUAUCCAGAUGGCCUUUGCAGUGAGCCUUCUCAUAGCACCUCAGGUGUUCCCUGAGGAGAGACGCCUAUCCAAUAACUUAUACUCGAUCGCCCUUGCGUCCCUGAGUUCUGUCUUCGAGAGACCAGAUCCGGUUCUACAUGUUCAGGCAUAUUUGAUGUGCACAAUACAUGCACUUCAUUCCCCCUCUUCUCAAACUGUUUUGACUAUGAUUUCAACUACAAUGCGAUGCUGUGUUGUUUCUCAGCUACAUCGAUCUAUGUAUGAACCUUCAAUCCGAGAUAGCUCAACGCUCCUGGAAGUUCAAAUUCGCCGUCGAGUGUUCUGGUCCGCCUAUUCCAUUGAUCGAUUACUUAGCUGGAUCUACCACGUUCCGUGCAGUGUCAUAGACGAGAAUAUCCAAAUCGAGCUCUUUGCGAACAUGAAUGACGGUGAAAUUCAAAGAUGGGAGCCACAAUCACGCUCACAAGCAGAGGUUGAAUCCCUUCCCCGCCAAACUCAAGUAUCUUCUGCCCUCCAUCUGAUUCGUGUGCGACGAAUUCAGUCACACAUCCUUGCUGUCAUGAUGCGUGCCGAUUACGACGCAAAUUUUGCGCCGCAUUAUGGCUGGAGGCUUCAUAUGCUGAAGGAGUUAGACCAAUGGAGAAAUCAAUUACAACCUCACAGUGAUCCCGAAUCCAGAGGUUAUACUAGCCAAGGAUGGGUUGGGAUGGCUUACAAUUAUACAAUCUUACUCUUACACAGGCCAACCAAACAAAAUGCCCGCGAAUUAGUUGGGGGAAAGUGCCUACAGGCCUGCGCAGAUAUUCUGUCUGUUUUCCGACAGUAUCAAAAGGACCGCCAGACAGCCCAGCUUUGGCCAGGGCUUCUCAGUCAAUUCGGUAUCGGAAUUACCCUCCUCUAUUGCUUUUGGGCAACGCCUCCGUCCAGCCGGACCGACAUAUACCGUUCCUCAAAAUCACUAGCAGCAAUCCAUACAUGUUCUGUCAUCUUGGCUGUGUUUGCAGAGCAGUGGAGACAGGCCGAGCCAUUACGCGAUUUAUUUGAUACUCUCUCCGAGGCAAUUCCAUACCAUCCCCUCAUCUCUGCCGAUCAUACCGAGACUCGGAUAUCUCCCGAUGCCGCGAAUUCAAUCAGGUCGAUGAUGCCUCGCAUCGUAUCACUUGUUGUGAACGUGGAUAUCUGUAGAAUGAUCACGGAGAUGGUGAAUGAAGAUUAUCCGUGGCAUGAUCAAAGAUACAGCGAGGAAUUCCCUCCGUGGUCUUCGGAGGUUCAUUCUUCCCAGACCUGUUUUCUUUGUCAAGACAAAACAACGAGCAAAAGUAUGUUUGUACCGGAGGCUUUCGGCCUUUACGAGCCUAGCGUCAGCAACCAUGAUGAGCUCUUCGCGUUUCCUGGCUUGUUUGGGUCUGUUGAGUUUUAG